GCGUGGUUUAGCGACAAAAACAACAUAAACAAUGAAUGAAGUUAUUGUGUUAGGCUUUUUAGCGACGGCAGCGAUUUGGUUUUCCUUCUUUCCAAUAUCUACGGUAUGGAACGCUAGCCGAAAGACAGAUUCCCCUAAGUGUAAUGGAGAGGAAUGCAAAGAAGGAGAGAGUCCUGUCAGGCCAAGAGGCUUUAUGCGUAAAUCAGCAAUCAACGCGGCACACGUGUGUCAGGCAAAAAGAGAGCCAAAUGUUCGCUUCUAUUUUGGUUGUGAUUUCGGCUGCUGUGGUGAGCCAGAGGACCAGUACUGCUGUCUCAGGUUGGCUGCUGUUGCUGUUGCUGUGGUGAUGGUGUGGUACUGUCCGAGCCUGCGUGAAGAUCCCUAUGUUCAGAAAUUAAGUUUAGUAUUCUUACUUAAACUACUUCUCGUCAGUCUCGCUAUUGGUUUCAUUGUAAACACAACAAGACUUAUUCAAGGAAGACUUCAAGCCCCACCCCCACCAGCCAAACUGCUGCGUUUUGCUGCCGUGUUUGAUGGUGAGUACACCAACGAUGACCAGGUCAAGGCCGAUGAGAGGAACCACUUCCGGGAACACACCCUAAUGAAGGUCAACUAUCGCCCUGUUACAGUUCCUGCCCUGUUCCCGAAAUUCUCGUUCUACGUCCGAGAAGAACACGGCGAUGUAGUGAAGCGCCAGCACAUAGUCACAGCUGAGCUGGACCCAGACACCAGGUUCAUCGUCUUAACCCCUUACAACCUGACAGACCCAAGUCGAACAUUGUCUAAAAACUUUGACCCGGAGAUUUUUGCGAAGCUGCAAACGUCCGACCUUGAACUCCGAGACGGCUGCCAGGCCUUGAUUCAAGAGCUGGAGGAGAACGUGUUCCAGGGGUCAUGGCCGGACUGCUCCCAGGAUGUGCAUGGGUUGAAACCUGCCUAUACGAUAAGAUUAACGUGUGAAGGCUUUGAAUUUGUCGUGGCGUGGAAGUCGGUUGAAAAACCACACGAACAGCCCUACACCAUGACAAAGAUAAAAAGCUAUGGCUUGCCGGCCUACAUGACACAGGGAGCGGUAGGUUACAAGAAUCCUUGCCACAAACUCAGAGUUUAAAAACCAGUGCCGGGAUGUGUGAUUUAGC